UGAUCCCCAGUAUGCUUCCAAAUUACAAUUUCUGUUCGUACCCAACAUUUCACGAGUGGAAAAAGAAUUAUUGAUACGCCCACAACAACACAAAACGUGGUUCAUAUCUUCUUCUGACACAGUAACACAUACUGCGAUAUGGUCCGUCUAUAUCUGAACUAGAGAAAGAAAAAAAAACGCGGGAAGUUGGAAGUAGGAAAGUUUUGGAGAGAAGAUGGAUGAUUCGGGAGCGAUUCUUUGUCAAAUCUCGUCUCUAAAGGACAUGCUUGAUCAUGUCAAUGAAGAAAUUGAAGCAAAUAUUCAGUCCACCAGAGAAAUUGAAUCUGAAAUUGCUAAGUGCUCUGAGAUUGAAACUUCUUUGGCGAUGAAAGAAUCUGAACUGAUGAAGAUGAAAUUAGUUGCUGAUUUUGAAAUUAACAGCUUAAUUCAAGUUUCUGCUGUUGCGAAAAGUUCAGUCGAAUUACUGGAGAAGGAAUUAAGUUGUUUGAGAAUGAAACUGCAGGAAUCAAACAAAAGAAUAGCUGACAGGAGGGAGACAUUUAUCAUGCGAUGCAACAGUUUUCAGAGUCGUAUUAGCAAUGGCGAAAAUGAGGAACUCUUGAAACCAUUAAAGGAUAAAGAGAGCCUUCAAAGUGAAAAAUCUAAUUUGAAUAUGAAGCACAAUGCUCUGAGAAAUUCAACAUCAGCAUUUGCUGAAGAGAUUCUUGAAGAACUCCAUAACUCUAAUAUGGCUUUACAGGUUGAAAUACAACUUGGAAAUGUUGAAAACGAGAAAUUGCUUGAGGAUAUCGAUAUUCUGAAACGUUCAUUAGUGAGUUUAUUUGAAAAUCAUCUCCUAUAAAUUUGAUGCGGGUUAAAACCAUUUAACAUGUAAAAACACUUGUGAGGCUACAAUCUUCUGUAUAUACUUUGUGAAAUAAAGACUUGGGUUCCAUA